AUGGCAAACGUCGACACGUCGAUCGGCGCUCGCACCACCGGCGCGGCAGCCCGGUUCGCGGCCGAGCACUCGGAAGAGCAUCCGCUGAAGCUCUACGGCGGCUGGUUCUGCCCAUUCGUGCAGCGGUCUUGGAUCGUCCUGCACGAGAAGCAGAUUCCGCACCAGUACGUCGAGAUCAACCCUUACAAGAAGGAUCCCGAGUUUCUGAGGAUGAACCCUCGGGGCCUGGUUCCGACACUGGCCGUCCCCGUGGACGUCAAGGGCAACGAGCAGAGGCCACUCUACGACAGCACAGUGGUGUCCGAGUACCUCAACGAGGCCUACUCGGGUAACAACUACGGUCCGCAUCUUCUCCCGGAGGCGCCGUAUGACCGCGCCAGAUGUAGGCUGUGGAUAGACCACAUCAACUCGCGCAUCGUGCCGGGGUUCUACAAGUUCAUCCAGCACACGCCAGAGAAGGAAUACAGCAUAGAACAGGCGCGAGACGAAUUCCUGGAAAAUAUCAAAACGUUCACCAAGGAGAUGGACCCCGAGGGGCCUUGGUUUCUCGGCAAAACAUUCAGUCUCGUCGACGUCAUGCUUGCCCCAUGGGCGAUGCGCUUGUUCCUAUUCGACCAUUACAAGCCGGGUGGCCUCGGAAUUCCAACUGAAAGUGAAAAUGAGGACGACGAAAAGACCUGGAAGAGAUGGAGGCAGUGGUAUGAUGCCAUUCAAGAGAGACAGAGUGUGAAGAGUACGCUCAGCGACAAGGAUGCCUACAUCGAGGUAUACAAGCGAUACGCCGAAGACAAGACGAACUCGAUGGUCGGGCAGGCAACGAGAAGUGGAAAGAACUUGCCCUAG